ACGCGCAUUUUAUCUCUUUUUUUAUCUAUCAAGAUGUCUAAUAAUAUCAUGGAGGCAAAAAGGGCUUGGGACAUUAUCUUCAAUGACCCCAACUUGUCGUUAAGUUCACUCAGUCAUCGCGCUGUUGCAGGAACCGUAUGUCAGAACGGUCUUCGUUCCGUCUGUUGGAAAGUUUUUCUCGGUUAUCUUCCCACUUUGGAAGUUUCAAAAUGGUCUUCUAUACAAACACAAGAACGUCAGCACUAUACAGACCUCAAGCGAAAAUAUAUUGAAGAACCAACUGAAAAAAUGAAUAAACAUGAACAAGAAGACCUUUCUGAUAAUAAUCCACUCGCACUUAGUGAUAAUAAUCCAUGGCAACAGUAUUUUGCUGAUUCUGAAAUUCGAAAAGUGAUCCGACAAGAUGUAGAACGCACGCAAGUUCAACAACGUUUGACUGAUAUUUUGUUUAUUUAUUGUAAGCUGAAUCAUGAUGUAUCUUAUCGACAAGGCAUGCACGAAUUAUUAGCGCCGUUUUAUUGGGUUUUGGCUGAAGAAAGUUUAGAGGCAACUAAACUGGAAGAUGAUCCAGUCGAUCCCGCAACCAAGUUGAUGGCGCAGGUUUUGGACUCAGCUUAUGUGGAGCAUGAUGCAUACAUUUUGUUUAACAAACUGAUGAAGCAUGGUAAAUCUUGGUACGAGUUCAAUGAGCAACCUAAUACAUCACUCAAUACAAAGAAGGACGUGUCACAGACUACAAUACCCAAACCAAACUCCCGCUUAAACUCUGUUGUUACCCUAUGUCAUCGCAUUCAUCACCAAUACCUUCGCACUGUGGAUCCUUAUUUGUAUCGUCAUCUAGAGAACUUUGGCAUUGAACCACAACUUUACGGCAUUCGUUGGAUUCGUUUACUUUUUGGAAGAGAAUUUGAAAUUCGUGAUCUCCUCAAACUUUGGGACGCUAUUUUCGCUGAAGAUGCCACUUUUGAGAUUGUCGAAUAUGUUUGUCUUGUGAUGCUUUUACGUAUGCGAGAUCAAUUGCUUAACAAGGAUUAUGCAGAAUGUUUGAGCAUGUUGAUGCGUCCCUCUCAGAUCACAAAGCCAGCCAGUCUUGUUGAACAAGCCAAAUAUCUUCAGUCGAACCUGUCUGAGGAAACAGCCUUGCAGAUUCUUCAACAGUUAGAUGUUCGCUCGGGUAAAGAUCCACGUCCUUCUUUGUCAGCUGGUGUUCCUGAACUUCAAAUUGCACCCGUACAACCUAGACCACAACGAACAUUACAUCAUAAGAGUUCGCAAGAAGGUUUAGAUGGAUUUUCACGAUUGACAAGCAACAUGAUGAAGAACACGCAAGUCAGAGAUUUGAAUAGAGCUAUUGCAGGUGUGAUGGGCACAGUACAGAAAAACGUCAAUACGUUUGGUGAAAAUGUGUUGGGUAAACCUCAAGAUAACUUUGUUAGAAGAUCCACCGUUUCGUCUGAAUUCCCUUCAGGAUUUGAUCGUAUUGCGAAUCAGCAACAGCAAAGAACACAACCUAUUUUACCCACUAAACCAGUGGAUGAGCAACUCGCAAAGCUGAAAGCGACAAACCAUCAAAUGGGUGAAUUAAUGAAUAAAUGUAUUUCUCUUUUAGAAAAUGAAAUAUUUCCUCCUCCUGCCAAAAUUGAAUCCAAAGAAGAUCAAAAAGUACCUGAAGAAGAAGAACAAGAAAAGAUUGAUUCUGCAACAGUGAGUGAUGCGGAUGUGACUAGCUAUGACAGCCAUAAUUCAGAAGACGAAGACACACCCAAGAAGCAGGAGAGUCAAGAUACCAAGCCUAUUCAAGAUGACGCUACUAUUAUUAUGGCUCUUGUCGGUCUUAAACACAUUCGCGAUGUCCUCACAGGUAAACAAUCCCACUUUGAUGCGAGUGUGAUUGAUAUGAAAUCGCCAAACGAUGAAGAUCCCAAGAAGAAAGAAGAUGAAUGGAAAUGGGAUUUAGUAGACCCUAAAGAAGCAACACCACCUAUUGUUAAAAAGCCUACGUCUAUUUUCGUGCCACCACAAACAUCCUCUCCUCUUUUGGAUGUUGAGACACCUACUAUUGAAAACAAACCAUUACCUUAUGUGCCUGCUAACCCUACACCACCCAAACAACAAAUCAAGUAUCGUAUUGAAGACUUACUCUCUGAUCCUGAUCUUCAACUUUCUAGUCCUAAAACGACCAAUACCAAAUUCAAAUGGAUCCUGGAAAACAAUGUCGAAUCACCCACAAACACAUUACAGCAUGAUUUAUUCAAGUCAGAACAACCCAAAUCAUCACCUCGAAAAAGAAAUAGUUUUAUCAUCAAGAAACAACACUCUGAUCUUUCUAUCAAGAGCAGUGCGGCUACCAUUGAUCCUCUGGAUGCCAAAAAUGUUGAUAAUAGAAAGAUAUAUGAGCAUGAUAUGCUAUAA